AUGAAGGGUAACAUUCCCAUUGGUAUUGGCAACUUGAGCAGCUUGGUAGUCUUAUCCAUGGGAUACAAUCAAUUGAGUGGAUCAAUUCCAACUUCACUGAGAAGCCUAGGGAAUCUCCAAGGUUUGGUCUUGAAUGAUAACAAGUUGCGAGGGUACAUGCCCUACCAACUUUGUCAAUUAGAUAACCUAGCUUACUUAUAUUUGGGUAGUAAUAAGCUCUUUGGUUCUAUACCUUCCUGCUUGGGAAAUCUAACCGCAUCUCUAAGAUAUCUAUCAUUGGAGUCCAAUUCGUUGAGUUCCACAAUACCAUCUAACUUUUGGAGACUUGUCGAUAUCUUGUAUGUAAACUUAUCAUCCAAUUAUCUAAUUGGACAUCUCUCACAAGAUAUUGGAAACUUGAAGGUUGUGAUAGAGGUAGAUUUAUCAAAUAACAAUUUAUCUAGUAUCCUACCAAGCACUAUUGGGGGUCUUCAGGGUUUGGUUAAUCUAUCCUUGGCAAAUAAUAAUUUGGAAGGCCCUAUUCCAAGUUCAUUUGACGGGUUGCUAAGCCUGCAACUCUUGGAUUUGUCCAGAAACAAUCUGUAUGGAGUGAUUCCCAAGUCUUUAGAAGCUCUGUCACUUCUCAAGUAUAUGGAUUUGUCUUUCAACAGGCUCCAAGGAGAAAUUCCAACUGGUGGACCGUUCCAAAACUUCCCUGCUCAAUCAUUUGUCUCAAACAAAGCACUCUGUGGUGCAGCCCGACUUCGGGUUCCACCAUGCAAAAAUGGUACACUUGAACCAAAUUGGAGGAAAGCUAAAUAUAUCAUCCCAGGGAUUAUAUCAGUAACUCUCUUUGUGGCCUCUGUAUCUGUCUUUAUACUACGCAGGAAAAGGAAUGUGGAAGUUGCAGGAGAGGCUACCUCGUUGCCUCAACUUCUUUGGAGAAGAGUUUCACAUCUAGAACUUCUAAGGGGCACAAAUGGAUUUAAUGAAAACAACCUACUUGGAAGUGGGGGUUUUGGUUCAGUAUAUAAAGGGACACUUUCAGAUGGAAUAGAUGUUGCAGUAAAGGUUUUCAGUAUACAGCUAGAACUAGAAGGGGCUUUCAAGAGUUUUGAUAGGGAAUGUGAAAUGCUAAGCAAUAUUCGUCAUCGAAACCUUAUCAAAAUCAUCAGCUGUUGCAGUGAAAUUGAUUUCAAAGCCUUGGUACUCAAAUACAUGCCUAAUGGGAGCCUCGAGAAAUGGUUGUACUCUCAAAAUUCU